GACGCUUCAGGGGCUAGCUAAGCUCUGGGAGUGUUGAUAUUUUCCAGUCAGUCCGGCUGACUGGGGCCAAGUUGGAAGCCCGGAAGGGAGGCGAUUUAAAAACUGUCGUGCGCGGGGCAGGCCACGCUGUCCUGUUGCAGUGCCCUCGCCUGCGAGUCAGAGCUUCGGGGAGACAACAGCACAACGGGACCGAGAGGAAAGGCAAGGAACAAGGGUGCCGACUUUGACUGAAAUCUGAGACAGAGGGCAGGGGAGGGCGAUCGUUCGCUUCUGAUUGGCUCGUGGGCAUCAUCGAGGACCCACGCAACCGCUUCGAUUGGUUGGUGCCCUCAAUUAUUGUGGCGGCGGCGAAGAUUUUGCCCACGUACUUCCGAGCGAGAGGCGGGGCUGUGCCCCGGCGCGCCUGCGCAACGCCCCGGGCCCCACCCGGUAGUUCAAGAACCUGCGAGGGGGCGGGGCGAAGAGGUGCUUGUUUUGGUUCUGUUUCCUUUGAAGCCGAAGGCCGGAACGAGCGUAGUAAUAAACUUGCUGGACUUGGAAAGAAGGCUACGACAAGCUCGCCGCGGUGCCUUCAUCUUGGACUUCACAUCCAGGUUCACCGGCCGCGUGACCCGCGCGCCGCCGACGGAUCGAGAACCAGUGCCUCGAUCUCUUUAUCCGGGUCCCGGCGAUCCCGUCGUGCUUCGCGCACCACUGUAGCCCCCCUUAUCCGGGUCCUCUCCCGGCGUGCCCCGCGCCGAGUUUGGUGGGGGGUACUCGGCGGUGCCGCCAUGACUAUUCUCCCCAAAAAGAAACCGCCGCCUCCCGACGCCGACCCCACCAACGAGCCGCCGCCGCCCGGGCCAAUGCCCCCGGCGCCUCGCCGCGGCGGGGGUGUAGGCGUGGGCGGCGGCGGCACGGGUGUGGGCGGCGGCGAUCGCGACCGUGACUCGGGCGUCGUUGGCGCCCGUCCUCGAGCCUCGCCACCGCCUCAGGGCCCGCUCCCGGGGCCACCGGGUGCCCUCCAUCGCUGGGCGCUGGCCGUGCCGCCUGGCGCCGUGGCAGGCCCCCGGCCACAGCAGGCCUCUCCUCCUCCUUGCGGGGGCCCCGGCGGUCCCGGCGGCGGUCCCGGUGACGCGUUGGGUGCCACGGCAACGGGCGUGGGCGUGGGCGCGGCGGGCGUGGUGGUGGGCGUGGGCAGUGCCGUGGGCGUGGGCGGCUGCUGCUCUGGGCCGGGUCACAGCAAGCGGCGGCGUCAAGCCCCUGGGGUUGGCGCGGUUGGCGGGGCAAGUCCUGAGCGUGAGGAAGUCGGCGCAGGUUACAACAGUGAGGAUGAGUAUGAAGCGGCUGCAGCGCGCAUCGAGGCCAUGGACCCCGCCACCGUCGAGCAGCAGGAGCACUGGUUUGAAAAGGCCCUGCGAGACAAGAAGGGCUUCAUCAUCAAGCAGAUGAAGGAGGACGGCGCCUGUCUCUUCCGGGCUGUAGCUGACCAGGUGUAUGGAGACCAGGACAUGCAUGAGGUUGUGCGAAAGCACUGCAUGGACUAUCUGAUGAAGAAUGCCGACUACUUCUCUAACUAUGUCACAGAGGACUUUACCACCUACAUCAACCGGAAGCGGAAAAACAACUGCCAUGGCAACCACAUUGAGAUGCAGGCCAUGGCAGAGAUGUACAACCGGCCCGUGGAGGUGUACCAAUACAGCACAGAACCCAUCAACACAUUCCACGGGAUCCAUCAAAAUGAGGAUGAACCCAUCCGUGUCAGCUACCAUCGGAAUAUCCACUACAAUUCAGUGGUGAAUCCUAACAAGGCCACCAUUGGCGUGGGACUGGGCCUGCCAUCAUUCAAACCGGGGUUUGCAGAGCAGUCCCUGAUGAAGAAUGCCAUAAAAACAUCGGAGGAGUCGUGGAUUGAACAGCAGAUGCUGGAAGACAAGAAGCGGGCCACAGACUGGGAGGCCACAAAUGAGGCCAUUGAGGAGCAGGUGGCUCGGGAGUCCUACCUGCAGUGGCUGAGGGAUCAGGAGAAACAGGCUCGCCAAGUCCGUGGCCCCAGCCAGCCCCGGAAAGCCAGCGCCACGUGCAGCUCUGCCACAGCAGCAGCCUCCAGUGGUCUGGAGGAGUGGACCAGCCGGUCCCCAAGGCAGCGGAGUUCAGCCUCGUCACCCGAGCACCCUGAGCUGCAUGCCGAGCUGGGCAUCAAGCCCCCUUCCCCAGGCACUGUCUUAGCUCUUGCCAAACCUCCUUCACCCUGUGCACCAGGUACAAGCAGCCAGUUCUCAACAGGGGCCGACCGGGCUACUUCUCCCCUCGUGUCCCUCUACCCUGCUCUGGAAUGCCGGGCCCUCAUUCAGCAGAUGUCCCCCUCUGCCUUUGCAGGCCUGAACGACUGGGAUGAUGAUGAGAUCCUAGCGUCGGUGCUGGCAGUGUCCCAACAGGAAUACCUAGACAGUAUGAAGAAAAACAAAGUGCACAGAGACCCACCCCCAGACAAGAGUUGAUGGAGACCCAGAGACUGGAGACCAUCUCCCAACCCCCACACUCCUGCCCUCUGGUGCCACCCCACCUUCUUUGGCUUUCUUCCCUCUUGCCUUCUUCCUUCUUCCCUCUCUCCCCUACUUUCACUCCUCCCCACUUCCCUCUGGCUAGCCCACCCCUGCGCGCCCUCUCAUCGCUGCCACCACCAUCAUCACCUGUCUCUUCGCCAGCCGACGUGCCCUGUUGCCCCCUGCACAGCACCAUCCCUGCAUUCCACAGGGGACUCGGGCAAGGGUGCUGAAGGUAGGCGAGAGGCACACAGAGACAAACCAACUGGCAGCCAGGCAGCCCCUGAGGAGAGACAUUCAGACAGAGGAAAGUCUCCCUGUCCCCGAUUCCUUCCAAGAUCAGAAACUUGUCACCCCACCACAAAUGAUGCCGGGGAGGUGGGAGGAAGAAGUGGGAAAAUCCCCUUCCCAGUACCCCAAGAAUGUCUGAGCCUUCAAUGUUGAACUUUUUCUUUAUUAAAAUGUACUUUUAUCUUAUAAAA